AUGGCUACAGCGACUUCCUCUACCGCCCUCAACGGCCAUUCCAAGCUCGAUCGCUCCAACCUCAUCCCCUUCUCCUCUCGCCUCAAGGAGGGCAGAGCGCUCGCUCAGGAUGUCUGGUCCAUCUACAAUGCUGCCAACCUCCCCGCCGACUGCAUUAACCUUGGACAAGGUUACAUGAACUUCCCCCCGCCUCAGUGGGUCAAAGAUGCCGCAGAGGAAGCCCUCGCGUCUACUAUUGCCAACCAUUACUCGCACCCCAAGGGCCGUAUACGCCUCCGUGAGGCUAUCAGGAACUUCUACAGCCCGUCCUUCAACCGGACUCUGGAUGUCGAGUCAGAGAUCAUCGUGACCAGUGGUGCCAACGAAGGCCAGUAUUCCGUCUUCGCUGCCUUCCUCGAGGCCGGCGACGAAGUCAUCAUGUUUGAGCCUUUCUUCGAUCAGUAUCUUCCUUCCGUGACCUUCAACGGUGGAAAACCCGUGUACGUUCCCCUUCAUCCCGUCACGGACGGAUCAGAUCCCAGAAGCAACAACUGGAAGAUUGAUUUCGAUGAACUUCGGCGGGCGAUUACUCCCAAAGCUAAGAUGAUCAUUGUCAACACCCCCCAUAACCCUGUGGGCAAGGUCUUCACUCGGGACGAAUUGGAAAAAAUCGCUGCUCUCGCCGAAGAGUUCAAUCUUCUUGUGAUGGCAGAUGAGGUGUACGACUGUCUCGUGUUUGACGACAAGGAGCAUGUCCGGAUAGCAACUCUUCCCGGCAUGUGGGACCGUACCGUCACAGUUUUGUCUGCAGGAAAGGCAUUCGCUGCUACGGGCUGGCGUGUUGGUUGGCUCAUUGCCCCGGAAUCCAUCAUCAAGCCCACUUUAGCUGCCUGCACCCGGAUCGUCUUCUGCACCAACUCUCCGCUCCAAGAAGCGGCGGCGGCUGGGCUUGAGCAGGCUACGGAACGUGGCUUUUUUAAGCAACAACUCAAGGAGUACCAGGACAGGCGUGAUGUCCUGUUGGACGCAUUCACCAAUCUUGGCUUGAAGUACAGUCACCCAGAAGGCAGCUACUUCGUCCUUGUUGACAUAUCGAAAGUCGAUAUCCCCGAUGACUUUCCCUUCCCUGAGUCCGUCCAAGGCCGGGGCAGAGACUUCAAAGCGUGCUGGUUCAUUGCCAUGGAGCUCGGCGUGUCCUCUAUCCCAGUCAGCGAGUUUUACUGCCAGGAGCACUGUAGCAUUGGCGAGAGUUUUGCUCGGUUUGCCUUCUGUAAAGACAUCGAUACUCUCAGGCAUGCCAGCGAGCGUUUGCAGGGGCUUUCGAAGUAUAUCAAGUAA